GGUUUACAGUCAUUUCAGCAGCUCAACAUGUUUCUGCUCGCUGAUAAGAGAGGAGCAUCGAGCCGGAGGAGCGCGAAAACCCGCUGCAAACACGUAUUUUUACGUUUUUCAAAAUGCACGAAGCUCUGUUGAUCGAUUUUGCAAACGGGGGCUGCAGUGCGUGCGUCGGAGCGUCACAUUUGGAGAGGCUGGUCAGAGAUUAUCACGUUUUUUUGCUUUACGCGACGCAAAACGAAGCCAACAACUGCGUAAUUGAAAAGCUAAAGGCGACAUCUAAAAGCGUAAACAUUCUGGAGGAUGUCAGCACUGCCAGUGGCUUAUAUCGCUUCAAACAAAUCCUGGACGAACUCGAUGUCAGCGUGAUAAAAGUCGUCACGUCUCCAAAUGGAAAACAGAUGAUAGAUUUGUACAGAGAGCGGCUGUUUACGGCGGUGUACAGCUUUGAGUUUGACCUUAUAGCGUCAGAUAAAUGCACCUGCGCAGAGUGUCCGAGCCACGCCCCCUUGGACUCACCUGGAGAAAAGGUGCGCAAAGACGUGGAGGAGUUCGUACGGCGGCUUCCUGCGUUAAAAGGCGAGAUUACGGUCAGCAAGUCCACGCUAAUACCAGAUUGCUUCGGGCACGGCUUCAGCUCGCGUUGUGGUGGGGUUUCCUACAUCUCCACUGUCUCCUCUCUGAAUCUGUUCUGUAGCAGUAAGAGGAGAGACCCGCGCGCUGUGGUGGACGAGAACCGCAGGAGACUGGGUCUGGUCGUUGGAUUUGACCACAAAACGAUGCACUUUCCCAAGGUGAACCAUGGCAGUGACGUGUGGGUGCUUGGAAAACCCGAGCCGGAUGUUUACGACGGGAUAGUGACAGACCGGACUGGAGUGGUCCUGGCUGCUCCGGGCGCAGACUGUAUCCCCCUGCUGUUCUGUGACCCGGUGCACAGGGUCAUAGGAGCCACUCACGCAGGUUGGAGGGGUACGCUGAUGGGAGCUGCCAUGGAGACAGUGAACUCUAUGGUGCGUGAGUUUGGGAGCAACAUUCAGGACAUCUGUGUGGCCCUGGGUCCCUCUGUGGGAGUCUGCUGUUACACUAUGGACCAGAAACAGGUCUCAGACUUUACCAAGAUCCACACAGACUGUGUCCCUGAUCCUGAGUCUGCCCGCCCACACGUCAACAUACGCCUCGCAAACAGGGUGCUGCUGCAGAAUGGGGGGGUCCUGCCUGAGCACAUCCAUGAUGACACAGUUUGUGACAGACCUCUGGUGACGCCCUGCACUUCCUGUAACCCUCAGAAAUACUUCUCCCAUGUUCGAGAUGGAAUAAACUUUGGGACUCAAGUCGGCUUCAUGUGGAUCAGAGAGUCCGAACUAGAGACUAAAACUGAGGCAGCUGCUUUGGUGUGAUCAACCAGGGAGAGGAGGUCUAAAACCCUUUAAAAACAGCGCCCCCUGGUGCCACAGUGUGGCGGCUUUAACUCAAAGCUAAAGACACUGAAAGUGUUUUACAGUGCAUUAUUCACUCCACACUCGGUGGUGGUAAAGUUGUUAUUGUGAGGACAAAACUGAGGCUGUUGGCACCAUCAGCCCCUCACACGUGUGCACACUACAUUUAUACUAGACAUAGGCAAUGUGGGGGUGGAGUGUUGCCUAAGGACACAAUGUCAGAACUUGGUCUAUGGAGUACAUCAGCAUUACAAUUGUUAUCAUUAAGAGCAUUAGUUGGUUUGAAUAUGUAUGUAUCUGGGGACAAAGAUGGGUCAUGAAAGUCUAAAUAAAAAUUCUACAUACCCUCUCGUUAAAACUGUGUAAUGUUUUACAUUUAACUCAUUUAACAUUUAAUACCUUUUUAUGCUCAUUAAUAAUAAUGCAUCAGUUUUAUAUAGCGUUUUUAGACACUUUACAGAGCAUUAUUCAUUCACUCCACACCCAGUGAUGGUAAACUAUUACUGUAGCCACAGCUGCCCUGGGGCAGACUGACAGAAGCUAGGCUGCCAAUCUGCACCAUCGGCCCCUCCGACCACCACCGAGCACCACCAUCACAGACCACUUUCAUACUAGGCAAUGAGGGUGAAGUGUCUUGCCUAAGGACACAACAACAGUUUUUUACGA